GCCCGUGACGUAAUGCGCAAUGUAUUGACGUGACACGCGGCACCGGUGAGAUGUGGAAAGCUGAAGGUUCGGAGAACAUGAUAAAUGAUAAACCCCUGUUCACAGAAAAUGGACUUACUGAUAUAUGAUAUGCAACUUUCCAGCCUACAUGAUUAAUAGCUAAAUAUUUUUCAUUGUACUCAUAGAACAGGAACCUCUACAAUCUGGAAGUCUUGAUUCAAACUGCAGUUCUCUGAGGCUGCCAAGGAUGAUGGGUACUUCCUGGUUCACAGUCAUUGCCAUAUUUGUGUUUUCCUCCAUUUAUUGUAUUGUUUCUCAUCCCAAACCGGAGUUAUGGUUCCAAGAACUCUUCCCCCUUAAGAUGUGUCCAGCCAAUGCCACCAUGGAAACAUUUUAUGGCAUCAUGUUUGAUGCAGGAAGCACAGGGACACGAAUUCAUAUUUACACCUUUAUACAGAAAAGCCCAGAAAACCCUGCAGAGUUAAAAGGGGAAGUUUUUGAGUCAGUGAAACCAGGUCUCUCAGCAUAUGCCAAUCAGCCUAAUAAGGGUGCUGAAACGAUCAGAAAAUUAUUAGAGAUGGCUAAAAAUGCUGUACCGCCAAGUCACUGGAGCAAGACCCCCGUUGUAUUGAAAGCCACUGCUGGUCUGCGGUUGUUAGCGGAGCACAAAGCACAAGCUCUACUCUCACAAGUCAGAAUGGUCUUUGAAGAUUCACCAUUUUUAGUUCCUGAUAAUAGUGUUAGCAUAAUGGAUGGAUCUUAUGAAGGUAUUUUAGCCUGGAUCACCGUGAAUUUUUUGACAGGGCAGUUGUAUGGCCAAGAGCAGCAGACAGUUGGAACUCUGGACCUGGGAGGGGCUUCAACUCAGAUAACAUUCCUGCCACAGCUGGAGGAAACCUUAUCAGAAACACCAGUGGACUUUCUUACCUCAUUUCAAAUGUUCAACAGCACUUAUAAGCUAUACACACACAGCUACUUGGGACUUGGGCUGAAAGCUGCUCGGUUGGCAACAUUAGGAGCUUUGAAUUUAGAAGCCCUUGGACAGACAUUCAGAAGUUCUUGUCUGCCAAAACAGCUGGAAGCAGAAUGGCAUUUUGGUGGAGUAAAAUACCAGUAUGGUGGCAACACAGAAGGUAAAACUGGAUUUGAACCAUGUUAUUCUGAAGUAUUGAAGGUUGUACAAGGAAAAUUGCAUCAACCAGAUGAGAUUCAGAGAAGUUCCUUUUAUGCCUUUUCCUAUUAUUAUGAUCGGGCGGUGGACACUGACCUUAUAGAUUAUGAGAAAGGUGGUGUUUUAUAUGUGAAAGACUUUGAAAGAAAAGCCAAACAAGUUUGUGAUAAUCUGGAUAACUAUAGCACUGCCAGCCCCUUUUUAUGUAUGGAUCUCAGUUAUAUUACAGCUUUAUUAAAAGAAGGCUUUGGAUUUGGAGACAGCACAGUUUUACAGCUAGCGAAGAAAGUCAAUAACAUAGAGACAAGCUGGGCUUUGGGGGCUACCUUUCACCUUCUACAGUCUCUAGGACUCUCCAACUAGGAAAACAGAAGAUUUGCAUUGCUUGCAAGAGCCAUUCUGAUCAACACAUGAUAAAAUUACAGACCAAAGUAGAAGAAAUGUUUUACUUUUAAGAACUGCAGUUCAACAAAAAUCCUUCUACAGUGCAAGACCUAACUACCUAAUUGAUGCCAAAGAACUUCAAAACAGAUUAGGCAUCGUUUCUGUCAAGUCAUGAAUGCAUAUUUGGUACUAGCACAUCCAACGUUGGACUUGCUCCGCGAGCUCUUUUAUCUAUGAAAUUCUGAAUGUUCACAUCAAAGAAACAGCUUAGUCUGAUUUUUUUGUUUAAAAAAACAGCAAAACCGAAGUGUAUUAUUUAUCUUUUCCAUAAGUUGUUUGAAACCAAGUAGUUAUGCUUCUAUGGUUAGUUGGUUCUUAAGCAUAAAUAAGGAUGUUAUUUUAUUCAAAUAUAUAUAUAUAUUAGUUGGUGAGAAGUAUUAGCAAAAAGAUUUUAGGAAUCCCACAAGGAAUUGUUUCAGGUUUAUUUU